CUUUGGUGCUCAUCACUCAUCACUCAUCACCCUUUGCAAUUUGCAAUUUGCAAUUCUUUAAUUCAUUUACAUUAUAACUAAAAGAAAUCAACUUGAGAGACAUUUUCAGUUUAUAAAAUAUUCAUUAAUGUCUUUUCUUUCCUUUGUCUUCAUACAUGUUUUUUUUAUUUUUUAUUUAUUAUUAUUGCAUCAGCAUCAUCAUUAAAAAGACAAUAUUUCCACUUUUUUUUUCUUUCUAAUCUUUGAUGAAUUUUAUUUAAUAUUGUAUCAAAGUGUAUAAAUUUGCUUGCUUUUUUUUUUUUUUUUUUUUCUUUUCAGUUCCCAAAUCCAAAAGCUUAAAUACAAACAAAGCCCAUAAAUAAUUUUUGAGGGCUGCUAUCAGUUUAUGACCUAUUUUCCUGGGACUCUGGAGGAGGGGUUUUUUCUCUACCAACCAUUAAAGGACUUUCUUUUGCUCUCCAAAGCUUUGGAAAUGUAUGCUGAAACUGAGCAUUUGCUUCCUUAUUUCCAGAAUUUCUCCGAUGAGUUUCAACUAGCAAAGGAUUUCUGCAAAACCCACAAGCUUGAUUCUCCAUUGAGCAACAUGGUUCAGACAUCAACUGUAUGUGAAUACAACAUGGGGGGUGAAGGCGACUUAUUCAAAGCUCCAGAACCAAUUAUCGAGGAAUCGUUUUCAGGUCUCAAUCCUAUGAUGGCUGCAAUUUCAAUGAUGUCCUUUGGCAAUCCCAACAUCUCCUUAGAGGGACUUAAAGAUUCAGAUUUUGAAUCGCUUCAAAGUGAUCAGCUUUUGAGUGAGGUUUACUAUGAAUGUGAGAAGGAUCUUUUAGAGAAAGCAGCAAUACAAACACCACUAUCUGAAGUUUUCGAUCUUAAGAGUCAGACUUCAAAUACGGAUGAACACCAAAUUCCAGAAAACAAAUCAGUUCCUGAUGCAACACUUCAAAAGAGUGUUAGCUCAGGAUGCUUAAGAUCAAUGGAAUGGAUGCAAGGCCCUGCAAUGAAGUCCAGUAUCUUAGAUUUUAGUGGAAUGGAUAUCAAUGAGGUCUAUGGGAUGCGACGGGCAUUUAGUGAAGGUGAUAUCAAGACUCUUAGUAAUGGUGCUGGGAGCCAGUUCCAUUCUUCUCUCGAGCGGCCGCUGCUAAUCAACAAUUGCACCGCUGAAGAACGCAAAGAAAAGCUAUCAAGAUACCGAAACAAGAGAACAAAAAGGAACUUUGGCAGAAAGAUCAAGUAUGCUUGCAGAAAGGCUUUGGCUGACAGUCAACCAAGAAUCAGAGGAAGGUUUGCCAAGACUGAAGAAUCUGAGAUAAGGAUCAGGCAAUGAUAUCAUGAGGAAAACAUGUGGUUAGAAGAACGAUCUACGAUUAGUUCUUUAGAAGGGCUGAAGUGAAACAUGUAGAAGAUAGAUUUGUAAAUAGUGUUUGCUUAAUAAAAACAAAAAGAAAAAGAAGCAGAAGUGUUUGUUCAUAGUAGUGCUGCUUUGUAAUAUUGAUGUUUGUACUUUCUAGUUUCUAGUUUCUACUUUCUAAUUCAAGUUCUAUGAUCUGUAUCAAUUACAGUUCUAAUUAUGGCUCCUAAAAUCAUUGUCUUCAAACAAUGUUUAAGUUCA